AUGGAAGCCACAUUGCCUAUCUGCAAACCCAAAUCUGCUGUUAUUUCAACAACUCCAGGUUUAUUGACUGGGAGAAGUAGCGGAAUUGGGAGUUCUCAAUGUAGUUUUAUGGUGGGAAGUAAAGUUAACUUUCCCAGACAAAGAAUUAGGGCUGGGCGAGUUAGCCAUAAAGCAGGUAAGAGCAGCAAUGGAGGUGCUAUUGGGGUUAAAUGUCGUGCUGAUAAGAUUUUGAUUGCAAAUAGAGGAGAAAUUGCUGUUCGUGUUAUUAGAACUGCUCAUGAAUUGGGGAUUCCAUGUGUUGCUGUUUACUCAACUAUUGAUAAGGAUGCUCUUCAUGUUAAAUUGGCUGAUGAAUCUGUUUGCAUUGGUGAAGCACCAAGCAGUCAGUCCUACUUGUUGAUUCCAAAUGUUCUGUCGGCUGCUAUCAGUCGUGGAUGUACAAUGUUGCACCCUGGUUAUGGCUUCCUUGCUGAGAAUGCGGUUUUUGUUGAAAUGUGUAGAGAACAUGGAAUCAACUUUAUUGGGCCUAAUCCUGACAGUAUCCGAGUCAUGGGUGACAAAUCAACUGCCAGAGAAACAAUGAAGAAUGCCGGUGUUCCAACUGUACCAGGAAGUGAUGGGUUGCUACAGAAUACAGAGGAAGCAGUCAAGCUGGCCCAUGAAAUUGGUUUUCCUGUGAUGAUCAAGGCAACAGCAGGUGGUGGAGGACGUGGAAUGCGUCUAGCUAAAGAGCCUGAUGAGUUUGUGAAGUUGCUCCAGCAAGCUAAGAGUGAGGCUGCUGCAGCAUUUGGAAAUGACGGAGUUUAUUUGGAGAAGUACAUUCAAAAUCCAAGGCAUAUCGAGUUCCAGGUUCUUGCAGAUAAAUAUGGUAAUGUUGUCCAUUUUGGUGAGCGUGACUGCAGUAUCCAGAGACGUAAUCAAAAGCUGCUGGAAGAGGCACCCUCUCCUGCAUUGACCCCUGAAUUACGGAAAGCUAUGGGCGAUGCAGCAGUUGCUGCAGCAGCAUCCAUAGGGUAUAUUGGUGUUGGAACGGUUGAGUUCCUUUUGGACGAAAGGGGUUCCUUCUACUUCAUGGAAAUGAACACUAGAAUCCAGGUUGAACAUCCUGUUACUGAAAUGAUUUCCUCAGUUGAUUUGAUUGAGGAACAAAUUCGUGUAGCCAUGGGAGAAAAGCUUCGCUACAAACAGGAAGAUAUUGUGCUUAGAGGACAUUCAAUUGAAUGCCGUAUCAAUGCAGAAGAUGCUUUUAAGGGAUUCCGACCUGGACCAGGAAGAAUAACAGCAUACUUGCCAUCUGGAGGCCCAUUUGUUAGAAUGGAUAGCCAUGUUUAUCCUGAUUAUGUGGUUCCUCCAAGUUAUGAUUCUUUACUGGGAAAGCUUAUUGUGUGGGCUCCAACCCGAGAAAAGGCAAUUGAACGCAUGAAAAGAGCACUAGACGACACUAUUAUUACAGGAGUUCCUACAACAAUAGACUACCAUAAACUUAUUCUUGAGAUUGAGGAUUUCAAAAAUGGCAAGGUUGACACUGCUUUCAUUCCAAAGCAUGAGCAGGAGUUAGCAGCGCCACAGAAGAUUGUACCAGUCAAAGAAUUGGCAAGUACAACGGCAUAG